UCCUUUUGUUCAGCUAGCUUAUGUGUGGAAAUACAGAAGUCAGACUCUCAGAAAUGUUACACAUUGAAAAAUAAACAGUGACCGCAAUGACUGUCUAACCGUUGGCUGCCUUUCUGUUUCCAAUUUUAGACCCACUGUAGCCACACAUUUCCGACGGCACUCGACACGUCGGCAUUUAUUCAGCUAGUCUCGGCGAAGUUACACAUUUAUCAGUCAUAUCGUUAGCCGUACAAAUGUAUAUAACCUGUAGGUUUUAUUAGCCUGUAGCUGCGUUAGUUAGCAUUAGCAUUAGGCUUGUUGCAGGUACGUUGUUUACAUCCGGUAACUACCCUAAUGCGGGUCUGCUGGCUGAUAUGAAUAGCUGUGGUUGACUGAGUGGAGGGCUACGGGAUUGGGUGAAUUUAUGGAAACAUGUCAAAGAAACGGGGCAGGAAGCGUAGCAGUGGAGAGCUGAGUGAGAGCUCGGAGUCGACGCUGAUCCCAGACCCCGACAACCUGCUGGGCCGCAGGAUUCAGCACACCUGGAGGGAGAAGGGCAACGUGACCAAGUGGAAAGGCACUGUUCUGGAGCGCCUAACUGUGAACAGUUCCCUCUACAUGGUCAAAUAUGACGGUUUUGAUUGUGUGUAUGGCAUUGAGCUCUUCAAAGACAACCGGGUGUCCAAUCUGCAGGUGUUGUCAGAGAAAGUUGUGAACAAUAAGAUCAAGGUGCCUCCUGGGGCAGAGGAGCUGGUGGGCCGAGCUGUGGAGCAUCUGUUUGAGAAGGAGGAUGGCGAGAAAAAUGAGUGGCGAGGCAUGGUGCUAUCCCGAGCCCCCAUCAUGACCCACUGGUAUUACAUCACCUACGAGAAGGACCCAGUGCUGUACAUGUACCAGCUGUGGGAUGAUUAUAAGGACGGAGAUCUCCGUGUCUUGCCUGAAUCGGAGAACAAACACCUUCUGCCAGCAGACAGGAAGCCGGGUGAGGAGCCAGAGAGCCUUGUGGGAAAACAGGUGGAGUAUGUCACAGAUAAUGGUCUAAAGAGAACGGGCUUGGUCAUCUACCAGGUCCCAGCUAAGCCCACCGUGUAUUACAUCAAAUAUGACGAUGACGUCCACAUCCACGUCUACGAUCUGGUGAAGACCACUUAGUACUGACUGUCCAGUUUCAUCUUCAGCUGAUGGCUCACCUCUGACCCAACCAGUUAUUUACCUUUUAAAGUGUUAGAGAUUUCAGUUUUCCUCCGGUGGGAGGCAAUGUACUGAAGAUCAAAAGCCCCAUAUCUUUUUUUUUUUCCAAAAGCCUUCCAGAGGUUUGUUCCAUUCUCACAUUACAAGACAUUUUUGAUUCUGAAUUUUAAUUUGACAUUAAAGUAUGACUAUUAGGAUGUCUUCGAUGUAAAUAAAGCAGGUCUGAGACCGGUUGCGUAGCCCAGCAGAUGAAAUGGAGCUAGACGUACGUUCGUUUUGAUUAAAUAACACUUGUAUAGUGCUACUUUCAAACUCCAAAUCCAUACUUUUUGUAAGCAACACAUCAAACUAAAAGAAUUCUGCUUUCUUACCUAUACCUCUGUGUUUUACUCCUGUUUCAUUACACUUUUAUAUGCCUGUGCUAUUUAUUUCAUCUGGAAUAUCUGGCUGUGUUGCUGGUGACAUUUUGGCAAAAGUUGUCUGCUGUGCUUUGUGUAUGUCAUUGGGUAGGCCUCAGUUUGUUGAAUAUAAAACUAAUAUUCUUUUGACCAGUGUGCUAAUAUUUCCAUCACAGUGAACCCUGAUUUCAGCUGAACUGUAUAGGCAUUGAUGAGAUUUGACUGUCUCACAUCAUAAAAAAAAUUAUCAGAAGUCAUAUUUAUGUUCUUUUUCAUCAUAAACUUCAAGUUUUCUACAUUGUAAUAUGAAAAAGACUGAUGUUGAUGUCAAGUUGUUUCAGUGGUGUUUGUGCUACAUGCUAUUUAUGCAGUUCAAAUUGGCCAACAGCAUUUGUUUAGCAUUUUGGACUUAUUUGCCAAAAAUGAGUCAUGUGAUACGAUAUAUUCUGGCCUCAAAAUAUUGUUUAUUGUGACCCUGAAUAUGUUUUGUCCUGUAAAUAUAAUCUGAGACAUUUUUAUGAACGUAAAAACAAGGCUGUUUGAAAGUUAUUGCAAAAUGCUGUUUGUGUUGCAAUGGAGAUUUUGUUAAUUUGUGUGAAUGCGUACAAUCAUGGUUGUAAGUACAAUACAUGAAUUAUAUCAAAUAAUUAACACAUUUUUUAUUAGAUUAGACACGAGUGAUUCUCUAUAAAUUAUUUAUAUGAAGCACUUUAAGUAAGAAAUGACACAAAGAUGGGUUUUCUUCAGGUAAACAAAAAAAAAAAACAUUUAAUUAGCAUAGUAUACUGAAAAGGUUUUGAUCUGAAUGUCUGAUCUCCACACAUCAACCUUUAAUUCUUAAUCCAAAUUUCUAACCUCUAAGUUUGCAUAUAUCUGUACAUUGCUGAUUUAGUAGCCCUCAGUUGACCUGCAGCAUUCAGAAUGUAAAUAUUUUUAGAAAUGCUGGCCCUGUGUCUGUACUAAAUGAUGUAUAACUGGAUGUGAAGUCCCCCUUUUUGUAAACUUGCAUGAGUUGAGAGACGUUUCACCCCGACCUGUGUGAAUGCAGUGAACAGUGAAUGCACUCAGACACUUGACAGGUGAAGAACGUUGCAUGAAUUCCAAGUUUUGUUUUUUUUUCUUCAUCUUUUAAAUGCAAUGGGCCAAGUGA